UGUGUUGAAUAAUCUCUGGAAGAACUGAGUAGUGCUUUUGUUUUCUUACCCAUAGUGCACCGCGGGCAGCUGUCAUGGCGGCUCAGUGAUGAGGAAAAGCGAGAGACAGAUAUAAGGAGGAAAAACCAACAACACGACGAGAAACUAUGAGCACGCAGUACAGCAUCCUGUUCAAGCAGGAGCAUGCCCAUGAUGAUGCCAUAUGGACGGCAGCAUGGGGGAAAAGUGCGAAGGAUGGAUCAGAGACUAUCGUCACCGGCUCCCUGGAUGACAUGGUGAAAGUGUGGAAAUGGUCAGAUGAGAAGCUGGAGCUACAGUGGAGUCUGGAAGGCCACCAGCUGGGUGUGGUGUCUGUGGACAUUAGCCACAACGGCGCCAUCGCCGCCUCCAGCUCUCUGGAUGCUCACAUCCGCCUCUGGGACCUGGAGUCUGGCAAACAGGUUAAAUCCAUGGAUGCAGGACCAGUCGAUGCCUGGUCUGUAGCGUUCUCCCCCGACUCAAAAUACAUAGCCACAGGCAGCCAUCUUGGCAAGGUGAACAUCUUUGGUGUUGAGAGUGGGAAGAAGGAAUACUCCCUGGACACCAGAGGGAAAUUCAUUCUCAGCAUCGCCUAUAGCCCAGAUGGAAAGUAUUUAGCCAGCGGUGCCAUCGAUGGAAUCAUUAAUAUCUUUGACAUUGCAACUGGGAAACUCCUCCACACGCUGGAAGGCCACGCCAUGCCCAUCCGCUCUCUCACGUUCUCACCCGACUCUCAGCUCUUAGUCACAGCCUCAGAUGACGGCUACAUCAAGAUUUAUGACGUACAGCAUGCUAACCUGGCAGGCACUCUGAGUGGCCAUGCGUCUUGGGUGCUCAACGUGGCCUUUUCACCUGAUAACACACACUUUGUCUCCAGCUCGUCAGAUAAGAGUGUGAAGGUGUGGGAGGCGAGCACCAGGGCGUGUGUGAACACUUUCUUUGACCAUCAGGACCAGGUAUGGAGCGUGAAGUACAACAGCACUGGCUCGAAGAUCGUUUCAGCUGGAGAUGACAGAGCCAUCCACAUUUACGACUGUCCCAUGUGAAGCAUGUUUCACCGUUCUUACACCUGACAGGAAACGAGUACAUCUGAAAUAUACUCCUGGGCAAAAGAAAUGGGCCAAGCCAAAAAUGGCAAUUAUGAAGCUUUUUAAUGGUCUUAACAACAAAUCACUGGUCAGAAAAUGAUAAGGAAUGAAACAGAUGCACUCCUCAGAGCUCCUGUGCCUCCAUUUGCUGGUUUCCUUUUGCUGCAGUGACCUGAAUUAUAACUUCUAUAGCCUUGUACACAAAGGUAAAAUCAUGAUAAUGACUAAAUGUUUGAUGUAAAAUUUAUACUAACACAUGUCUAGAUGUACAACAUUUCCCAAAAAUAUCUUCUGGGAUGUUUUUUUCUUAAAAGAUUACUCAUUAUUUGGUUCUCUGCUGCACCUGAUGCAGCUCAUCAAAGGGCCACAAGGCUUAAACAUUUAAAGAAAUCAAAGGGAAAAACUCUCUAUACUAACUUCCUUUAUCUAUUUGUUUAAUUCCUGAUAAUUUCCUGACCAAUGAUUUGUUGUUAAUACCAUUAAAAGCUUAAUAUUUUGUUAUUUUGAGCUUGGCCUAUUUUUCUUUGCCCAGGAGCGUACAACAUGCCAGAACAUUUACUCGAACCGCACUCUUUGUCCACAGAGAUUCAUACAGUCCCUGCUGAUACACACUUUCCUCCUGCAAGUUCGAAUCAACUUCUGUUUUGUUGUUUGACGUUAAAUAAAGCCUUUAACCUGCUUCUGUAAUCAUCAAACACAUGCGCAGGUAAUAACAUGGCCAUGAGGUUUGAUUUUCAUUUUUGAAUCGUUGUCUCCUUAAAUGUUCUAGUCUUGUCAAAACAAUAAAUUUUUUAUAAAUA